UGGAUUAUUUAACAGGCGCUCAGUCCCAUGUCGCCAUCUGCUAUUGGAAGAAAAACACCGUGGAAUAUUCCCAGAAGCACAUGAUGCGCAUUGGGAUCCAACGAGUGAAAAUUUAAGACUUACUACGCGCAAUAUCUGCCACGCGCAACAGGUGCGCCAACUUCCAGGAGGGACGACGCGAUUAAGCUGAGCGACAGAGGAACACGGUUCGUUGUGCUUGCUCGAACAAUGCUCUUAAAUAGCGCGACAAUGCGCCGCGCGUAAAUUUGUACGCACCGACCAAUUGGCAUCGCGUUCCUCUUGAAAUAAUCGGAUGAAUGAGAUGAACUGAGGCUUGAAAAGUGCAAUGCUGAGUGGAUCAACUCGGUGAAUCGUACGGAGUAGACCGUUUGAGGAGUAGAGGGGUGCAGCGUGUGGCGUCAUGGUGGUGGAGGGGGACAGGACGCUGCUGGCCGCCAGACAAGGAGACAUCCAAACCUUGAAGGCGCAACUGGCAGCGAAAGCGUUGACGAGUGACGUGAAGGAUGUCCUCGGUGCCACUCCGGUGCACCACGCAGCCAGGGCCGGGAAACUAACGUGUCUGCGGUUCCUGGUGGAGGAGGCAGGGUUACCGGGGAACAGUCUCGCCAACAAUGGAGCGAGUCCGGCGCAUGACGCAGCAGCCACCGGUAACCUGCCCUGUCUACAGUGGUUGUUGACCCAGGGGGGAUGUCAGCCAGAGGCUAAGGACAGUUCUGGUGCCACAAUUCUUCACCUGGCCUCUCGCUUUAGUCAUCACGAAAUCACAGAGUGGCUGCUGAAGAGUGGAGAAGCGGAUCCUGGGGUCACCACUGAUACUGGCGCCCUACCUGUACACUAUGCUGCUGCCAAGGGAGACCUUCAUUCCCUACGAUUGUUACUGGGACACAGCCCAAAUCUUGUCAACUCUCAGACGAAGAAUGGUGCCACACCCCUCUACCUGGCCUGUCAGGAGGGUCACCUUGAAAUCGUCCAGUACCUGGUCAAAGAUUGCGGGGCAGAUCCAAGCACCAGGGCCAAUGAUGGGAUGACGUCCCUCCAUGCUGCUGCUCAAAUGGGCCACAACACAGUCAUCGUCUGGCUGAUGAGCUUUGCCGAGAUCAGCCUGGCAGACAGGGACGGUGACGGAGCGACAGCCAUGCACUUUGCCGCCAGCCGUGGUCACGCAAAGGUUCUCAGCUGGUUGCUGCUGCACGGUGGUGAUAUUGUCACUGACAACUGGGGAGGGACUCCUCUCCAUGACGCUGCUGAGAAUGGAGAACUAGAGUGCUGUCAAAUUCUAGUUGUCAACGGAGUGGACCUUGGUAUCAGGGACCAGGACGGGUUCACAGCGGCAGAUCUGGCCGAGUACAACGGACACACGCAGUGUGCAAAGUAUCUCCGCACCGUUGAAAACAUGAGUGUGGAGCAUCGUGUAUUGUCCAGAGAUCCGUCGACAGACCUUGAGUACAAGCAGCAGGACUCAGGACUGUCGUCUCCAAACACCACCAUGCCCCCAGCCACUCAGCCAGCGCACUUUGACAUCAGCUCCCCGUCCAGCUCACUGUCCAACUACGACUCUGCGAACUCCAGCCAGUCCAGCACGGGAGAGAAGAGGAGCAGCCUGACAACAACACGAGGUCCACUCGGUCAGCUUCACACAGUAGCACACACAGGCGCGUCUGAGUCGGCCAUCUCAGACAUGCAGGCUUACAUGGACAUGUUAAACCCCGAUAUUGACUCUGACUCAUCUCGGAAGAAGGAAAUCUCCGGCGAUGCAAAGCUGCCUCCUCCUCCCACCUUUCCACCCCCGCCUCCACCUCAGUCCCCCCCCACGCCUCCUCCGCCCCCGAGUUACCCCGCACCCAAGCCCCCUCAGGAGCCCACAUCAGCCGAGUUCCUGAAGGUGAAAAGCAACCUGCGCCACGUGGAGAGCUGCAGCAGCAGCAGCAAGAAGGAGAAACUGUUGGCGGGAGAUCAGCACGAGAAGCUGCGGCGCGUGGAUUCCAACAGAAAGUCCAGGAGUUUCAGCAAGCAGCCCAGCACUGGGGACUACUACAAAAACCUGGGCAGCGACACAGCCGAGCCCCGGGGGAGCAAAGUCAUGGCGCCCAAUGAGGAGGGCUCCGCCAUGUUGGAGGAGCCGGCCGACAGCCCGGCAUCUGCAUCUGAAAAUGGCACCACAGACGAGGCCAUCCCACCGCCGCCGCCUCCCCCUCCUCCGCCUCCUCCUCCUCCCAACAAUCCAAUGCCAACGCCUCCUCCACCUCCUCCGCUUCCUCCAGACACGACCACCACCCAGAAUCACUCGGCAAGCAGUACGUCUACCCACCAAAGACGCCCAUCUUCCUCAUCAGGAAGCGGGGAACCUUCUCUUACUGAGGGUGCAGCACUGAGACAGAUGAAGAGCACAAAAUCCUUCAACAUGAUGUCCCCCACUGGUGACAACUCCGAGCUCCUGGCAGAGAUCAAAGCAGGGAAGAGCCUGAAGCCCACUCCUCACAGUAAAGGCUACACCACCGUGUUCUCCAACAGCGGUCCCACUGGCAACAAUGGAAGCACCACUUCUCCACCAGAGACUCGUGCUCCCAGCCCACCAGUCAAGCCAGCCUCCCCACCACCAUCCCUCACGCCCGUCACCUCUCCGCCCCCCACACCGAGUCCCAGCCCGAGUCCGACCGGGUCUGGAUCCUCCAGGACCAUGACCACCUCGGCCAGCUUCGAGCAGCUGUCCUCAAACUCCGUGAUCAACGGGAACAACGGCGGCAGCACCACGGCGGCCGAGUUGGGGAGAAAGACCAGCCUGGCAGACGUGGAGGCGCUGGUCCCCACUCAUGACGAACAAGGAAAAGCCAUCCCGGAGUGGAAGAGGCAGGUGAUGGUGCGAAAACUCCAGGUGAAAAUGCAGGAAGAGGAGGAACACAAGCGCAAGGCGGAAGAGGAAGCUGCCCGACUGGCAUCGAUGCCGGCCUGGAGGAGAGACAUGAUGAAGAAGAAAAUGGAUGAGGAGAGAUGUGACAGGGAACAAAAGAGAAAAGCCGAAGAGCAGGCCAAACAGGCCAAAGAGAUGGAGGAGAAGACGGAGCUGGAGCGACUACGGACUCUGGGCUACGACGAAACCAAGCUAGCGCCAUGGCAACGACAAAUCAUCCUGAAGAAAGGGGAUGUAGCCAAACAGUGAACGACCACACCCCACCUCUACCCCACAAGGCCUUCACUGAAGACAUCCCCGCUUCCUCACAUUUGGCUGUGUAGCUGCAUCGUGGACAACAGACCCUGUCUGAUUUUUGGGCCACCAAAAACAAAGGACCAGUAGUUACUCUCCAGCUUUUGAGGCUCGGUCUGUCGAACCUGCAACUUCCAGCUCCUAAGUAAAGUCACAAAAACUCUGUCCUUUAGCUGUAAGAGUAGCGGACACUUGCACUGAUUGUAACAGAAGAAGAAGCGCUCUUAACUGAAUCUACUCAUCUGCAAAUGUAGAGUAGACCUGUAUAUGAAUAGUGAGGCAGCUUCAGAGAGCCUUUCAGCCAUGGAGGGCCAGUAAUAUAUUAAUUUAUCAUCCAAUAGCUGCACUGUGGAAAAUAUCAUCCUGUUUUAGAUCACAUCUGUCUUGCUAUCAUGCUUUUAGAAGUGCUUUCCGUCAUUUUUCAGCCAGAACAAUGAGCUUAAAAUACACAUUUACGUCUGUAUCAACAGCUACGCUCGAUGUCUGUGGGUUAGAAAUACUCUCAAGUAAUUUGAUUCAAAAUUCUGUAGGAUGAUUAUCACCGGGAACAAAAUAUUUUCUAAUUGUGUGUUACUGUGAUCAUGAAUGUGAAGUGUGUGCAUGUUGCAAAAUGUGGAAGGGGUAUGCUUUGGUGUAUUGCGUAUCAUGGUUGUGUUUCAGGCCCCUCAAGUGAAGGCAAAGAUGGAGAUAAACCAAAUGGGACUCAAAUUCAUAAAGGCCUUUUGGAAUAAAGUGUACGACGAGUCAUUAAAGGACAGUUAUGGAAGCAGUCAGUUAACACAUUAUGAAAUUUGUGAAUUUGAUUUUCCACUUUCAAAUGCAUUUACUACAUUUAUUGAAUUAGUCAAAUUAAUUUGGAAUUGAAUUCACUUCUGUCCGAUGCCAUAUGACGUUGAAAUUGAAAAUGAUGUCAUCAUCAUUGCCAUUUAAGUUUCUAUAAAUAUGAAUUGUGUACAUAGUGUCCUCUCACAACUGUCUCGUGUCCAUUGUGUUUGACAUCUUUCAGCCUUUCUUCAAUGGAUGUUGGCUAAAUUCGUGAAAAAUUCUAUUUUCAGACUGAACAAUGAAGAAAAUAAAUCGAAUAAUAAUCAAA